GCUCCCGGAGAGGCCGAAGCUGAACUUGCCCACAUGAACAAGACGGGCUUUGUCGACGUCGUCUUGACAGAUGACAGCGAUGUGCUCGUGCUGGGUGCACCCGUGGUAAUGCGCAAGUACGUCUUUCGCCCGGUUAACUACAAGAGAGACUGCUCUGACCACGUUCGGGUCUACCGAGCUACCGACAUUGAGAGCAAGGCUGACCUGACCCAGGGCGACAUGCUGCUCUACGCUCUGUUGGUUGGUAAUGACUAUCAUGACGGUCUCAAAGGAUGCGGACAGGCCGUCGCCCUCGAAAUAGUCAAGUGCGGCUUUGGCCAAAUCCUGUACGAAGCCCUGCUCAGGUACCCAGAUAACAACGACCACAAGCUGGCAGUGUUUCUUGCGGGCUGGAGAUACCGCGUGAAGUGCGCGCUCAAGGCCGGCUCCACGAACUUCAAGCGCAAACACCCCGCGCUGGCCGAGAACAUAACUGACGCUUUCCCCGACCUU